AUGGAUCAAGUAGAGGACGAUUUAGAAGUUACAGGAGCAGAUAUACUCGGAAAUAUCAGCACCGGCAGGGGAAGAUCCAAGGCUUCUCAGGUCGUCAUUAAGCGAAACCCAUGGAAAAACAUCGGAACGUGGAACGUUAGGACCAUGCUAAAUGCUAGCAAAUUAGAGAAUAUUAAACUAGAAAUGAUGAGAUUAGACAUAGACAUACUAGGUGUGAGCGAAGUUAGAUGGUCAGGAAAUGGUGAUUUCUGGUCAGACGACUACCGCGUUAUCUAUUUUGAUGAUGAAACACCAGGACGAGCGGGUGUAGGAUUUAUUAUAAAUAAGAAGUGGGGCCACCAAAUAGCUAGCAAAAUAACAUAUAACGAUAAGCUUAUAUUGAUUAAGCUUAGAGCUAAACCAAAUGAUAUAGUACUAAUCCAAGUGUAUUUUCCCACAUCAGAUACAGAAGAUGACGCCAUAGAAGAGGUAUAUUCUGGCCUAGAAGAGCUUUGUAAACUAGCAAAAGGAGAAGAUAAUUUAAUAAUAAUGGGUGAUUGGAAUGCUAUAGUAGGAGAAGGUGCAGAGGGUCAAGAAGUAGGUGCAUUCGGUCUAGGAACUAGAAAUGAAAGAGGAGACCGCCUUGUAGACUUCUGUAAGCAACAUGAUAUGACCAUAACUAAUACAUUCUAA